CCCAUCUCCGUCCAUCUUCGCUCGAGUAUUGAUAUCGCUGUCUCUGUCUCUGCACCAUGUCUAACAUGGAUAUGCUGUGUUCUCCACAGAGCAGCAAUGUCGAUUUACCCACAUCUCCCACAGCCGCCCCAUCCUCGACGGCUGUGAGCAGUAAACCCAGAGGGCAGCCCUCCAUCACUCCUCGACGCUUCACGAGGUUCUUCACCCCCAUCACAACACGUUCCACCACAGGCUCGAAGUCUUCCAAGAGACUAAAAGACAUUACCAAGAAUGCCGUCAAUCAAGUCAAGUUCACUGGCUUCCAUGACCUCCCCCGAUUCGAGACGCCACGAAAGAAGAGAAAGAUACUACCCACUCCCGAGAGCUCGCCCGUCCAACCUCUUGACUCGUCACCCUUGCGACCACUCGAUUACCACGUCCCCUCGAACCUUUCCCACCGCAUUGACUAUGAUUUCGACGACUCGGACAUUGAAGAGGAAGACGAAGACGAAGAGGCCGAGGAAGAAAAGCAUUUUCCAGCUCCCAUAACACGUCUACGAGAUUUUGGUACAAGUGGCCGCAUUCUCCAACGAAGCUUCGGUGGUGCCAGAGGCGUUGGUCGUGGCAGGAUCAACGACCACUGUGUCCCUGAUUGGCAUGCUCAAACUGCAGAUUACUAUACUCGUCCUGAAGACUGCCACAACUAUCGCGGCCAGGCCCUACCUUUCUGCGUUGCUCGUUGCAACACCAACUCGCUCGUUGCUAUCGGCGAUGAGGAGGGUGGCGUCAGGCUGAUAGAUUCGGCCUACGCAGACAACUCUUUCUCUCAACACCACGUAUCCUUCAAGCCUCACCACAACGCCAUCAUGGACUUGGCCUUCUCAUCCGAUGACUACCUUUUUGCAUCGGCCUCGGGCGAUCAGACUUCUCGCAUCGUCGACAUGCACACUCAGCAAACUCGCUACGUUAUGCAUAGCCACACAUCUUCUGUCAAACAGGUUCGCUUCCAGCCUGGCAACGACAGUAUUGUCGCUACCUCAAGUCGCGAUGGCAGCGUCAUGAUCUGGGACUUACGUUGUCGCGGUCAGGAUGCUCCUGUCGUUGACUAUGCUGUCAGCUUCGAGCCCGGUAACAGCAUGGUGAACUCCGCUCGGCGGGCAAACACUGUCACGUAUGCCAGCUCUGUCAACAGUAUGCGUGAUGCACACGGCUUGCAACAAGAGUCUCGCCGCUCGGAUAUCUCUGUCACUGCUUUGUCCUUCCUAUCUGAUUCACGCUCUCACUUGCUGCUGACGGCAACCGAAGCAAAUGCCAGUGUCAAGCUGUGGGAUCUUCGAGGCAAAUACACUUCUCGUCGGAACGGACCAUCAGUGCCUGUGUCUAGUACUCGCGAGCCUGAGGCCCAUUUCAAGCACCGUCAGUUCGGCAUUAGUAGUCUGGCACUGAGCGGUGAUGGUAGCCGCUUCUAUGCACUCUGCCGUGACAGCACUGUUUACGCUUACUCCACCAACCACCUCAUUAUGGGCUCCGCGCCUGAGUAUGAGCCUUCCUCCAACACACAAGCAUCCAAGUGGUUCCGGCCUCGACAGGGUCUUUCCGGUAACGGACCCCUGUAUGGUUUCCGUCACCCCAUGUUCAAGUCCACAUCCUUCUACGUCAAGUCCGCCUUGCGCCCUGCCACAUCUUCGCACCCUGAAAUGCUCGCUGUUGGCAGUCGAGAGGGCUGCGCUGUCUUGUUCCCUACUGACGAGGCCUUCCUGAAGAAGAAGUCUCCACAACCCAGCUCGGGUACCUCUACUCCCAUUAUUGAACAGGACGGAGCAUCUGGUCCCCGCUCUCGAACUGGGUCUGCUGCAAAGUUGGAGGACACAUCACUGCCUAUUUACAAUCAAGGCACUGCGUUGAUUCGAGCUCAUGGUAGAUCCGAGGUCACCGGCUUGGCUUGGAGCACCGAGGGCGAGCUUGUCACACUGGGUGAUGACUUCACCGCACGAUGCUGGCGUGACAACGAUCGUAAUGCUGCAAAAGGCAUGAGGAUUUGCGGUGAGGGCCAAGGCGCUCGCUGGGGAUGGGGAUGGGCUGAUGUCGAAGGAUAUGAUGAGGAAGAAGGAUGAUGGUGAAGGAUGCACGUUCCGAUCAGGGUAAUAGAGGUCGUUGCGGCGAUUGUUCGAUGAUGGAUUGUUAUGACUUGCUUUUGCUUUACUUGUCUGUCCCGGUUUGGACAAAGGAUACCCACAGCCAAAAUGGCACAGCGUAGCGAUGGAGAUAGCUCUCUCUUGCUUUAUAGAUAGAAAUGUUAGAUAGUUGAAGAAAGACAUGGCAUCACAAGCCAAAUCACUCAUCCUC